CCGAUAUUUAUAGUCUUGGUUUAGUUUUUUGUGCUAUAUUUCAUGAAAGUUUUAUUAGUAUUCAAGACGAGACUACGCUAACAUCAAUAAUCAAUGAACGAAACACAACUUUCGCCAGAUCCGAUUUUGGUGCCAUUCAAUAUAGGGAAGGCUAUCGCGGAAAAGAUAAUAAAAAGCCUCCUCUGGGAAUAUCAGAUAGGUUUCACAGUAAUUUUAUGUUAGAAUUCGAACCGGAGGAUAUUAUUCCCGAACCUUUCAGUAAUAAUUCACAGGAUUAUAAGGAGGUAAUUGAACGAUUUCGAAUAGAGUUCCAGGCAAGGCGCGGAAAUUCAGCUUGGAAAAUUCUUAAUAGUAAAGAAUUUUCGAACCUUCCACAAAAACACUUUUAUCAUGGUCUCAUGUAUUAUAAAGGUGUUUAUCAAGACCAAGACACGAAAAAAGCGCUUGAACAUUGGCUAAAAGCUGCUGAUCUUGGAGAACCAAAAUCUCAGCAUAACAUUGGAUUGUGCUAUGAAUUGGGUUUGGGCUUUAAUGAAUGGACAGAUCCAGAAGAAGCGCAGAAAUGGUAUACAAAAUCUCACUCUCAUAUUCAAAAUCUUUUCGAGGAAUCCAAAUUGUUAUUUAUUGACGCAGCAGAACAGGGAAAUGUUUAUGCAAUGAGUAUGGUUGCAGAAAGUUACAAUAGCGGUGAACUUUUUGAGAAGGAUUACGAAAAGUCUUUUUUUUGGUUUCAGAAAUUAGCCGAUGCUGGUUUUACGUUUGCGCUAGUUAGAUUAGCAUCUGCCUACAAUGAGGGUUUAGGAGUAGAAAAGGAUUCCGGUAAGGCCGAAGAACUUAUUGAGAAGGCAGCCCAAUCUGCUGAUCCGGAUGCAAAUAUAAUACUUUCCCUUAAGAAAAGCGGUGAAGAGCGUAUCGAAUCUUUGGAAAAGGUGGCUCGAACUGGGUAUGUGAUGGCACAAACCCUUCUCAGCGAACAAUUACAACUAGAUUAUGGCAACGAUGACGAAAGAGCCUUGUUAUGGAUAAAAUUAGCAUUAGGAAAAAUAUAUCUCUCAAAAUAUGAUUAUUUGAACGCGUUCUUUUGGUUUUCAAAAGCUGCUACUAGUGACGAAUAUUCGGCAAGAAAGGUCGCAUGGUUUUAUAAAAAAGGAAUAUGCGUUCCAAUUAAUAAUAAGAUUUCGCGUAUCUUCAAAUGA